UUUCAUCAGUUUCAGCCUGAACACACAGAAACACACGUGGACGUCAUGGAGCGUAAACUGGAUCUGUCCCGUCUGACAGACGAAGAGGCCAAACACGUCUGGGAGGUGAUUCAACGAGACUUUAACCUCCGAAAGAAAGAAGAGGAAAGACUCGGUGAUCUGAAGACUAAAAUCGAGAAGGAGGAUACAAAGCGAGAGCUGCUGGGUACUCAGAGUAAACUGUCUGACUCGCACUGCAUCCGCUGCCUGCAGCCCUUUAAGUUCCUGGUCAACAGUAAACGUCAGUGCCUUGACUGCCGCAUGUACACCUGCAAGGCCUGCAGCCGCUACAACAAGAAGGAGCACGGCUGGGUGUGUGACAACUGCCGCAUGACCAGGGUGUUGAAGAUCGGCACUGUGGGUUGGUACCAUGACAACGUUAGAAACCGCUUCAAACGCUUCGGCAGCGCCAAGGUGAUGAGGUCACUGUACAAGAGGCUGAACGGAGACGGUGGUCGUGAUGAUGACACUCAGAGUAUGCCGGAUGUCCGCAGCCAUGUGCAUAAUGGUAACGAGGAUGACCAUGGAGAGGCCGAUGCUCAGCGCUACAAAGUGAUGAGGAAAAGUAAACGUCUGCUGUCAGUUCAUCCUAUGGACUUUGACGCUGAGGAAUAUUUCCCUCAUUCGCGACGACCGUCGGUACAGCAGAUGCAGGAGGAUCGAAGCUACAGGAAUGAGGACUGCGACAUGUCCAACCACCGAGUAAACCGCAGAAGGAGUCUGGACCGAUAUGCCAUGAGAUCUG